AUGAUCGAUUAUUGCUGUGUUGCAGGAUCAUUAGAGAUUGUUGAUCAUCUACACAAAAACUAUCAAUUGACAUGGCUAGAGAAUGGCUUCUUUAUGAGUGCCAUUUUCAAUCACUUUGAAUUAACAAAGUAUAUUGUUGAUAACUAUAAAAGAUGUCGUAAAAGAAAAGGAAAGAAUUCUCUCAAUGAAAAGGGUCAAUUUAUUCUUGACAUUAACAUUAUCAAAAAAGCUAUAGAAUAUGCGAUACUCUAUCAACGUCUAGACCACCAUAAAUAUCUAACCAAUAUUUUGGAUAGAUCCUCCACUAUUAAACUUUCAAUAGACAUUUUUUAUUUUAAUUCAUUUUUAACUUAA